CGCGGCUCCCAGCCUCCUCCCGGCCCGCCCCCGGCCGCUGCCCACCUGGAGCCGGCGUAGGCCGGGCGAGAGAGCGAGGGAGACGCGAGCGCGGAGCGACGCGGAGGGGCAGGCCCGGGCGACCGGCGGCGGCCUCCGCCAUGAACCCCAGAGGCCUGUUCCAGGACUUCAACCCGAGUAAGUUCCUCAUCUACGCCUGCCUGCUGCUCUUCUCAGUGCUGCUGCCCCUCCGCCUGGACGGCAUCAUCCUGUGGAGCUACUGGGCCGUCUUCGCCCCGAUAUGGCUGUGGAAGCUCCUGGUCCUCGCGGGCGCCUCGGUGGGCGCAGGCGUUUGGGUCCGCAACCCUCGCUACCGCACCGAGGGCGAGGCCUGUGUGGAGUUCAAAGCCAUGCUGAUCGCCGUGGGCAUCCACCUGCUGCUGCUCAUGUUCGAAGUCCUGGUCUGCGACAGGGUGGAGAGGGGGACCCACUUCUGGCUGCUGGUCUUUAUGCCACUCUUCUUCGUGUCCCCUGUUUCCGUGGCCGCCUGCGUCUGGGGCUUUCAGCAUGAUAGGUCCCUGGAACUGGAGAUCCUGUGCUCGGUCAACAUCCUGCAGUUCAUCUUCAUCGCCCUGAGGCUGGACAGGAUUAUCCACUGGCCGUGGCUGGUGGUAUUCGUGCCCCUGUGGAUCCUUAUGUCGUUCCUUUGCCUGGUCGUCCUGUAUUACAUCGUCUGGUCUCUCCUGUUCCUGCGGUCCUUGGAUGUGGUUGCCGAGCAGCGAAGAACGCACGUAACCAUGGCCAUCAGCUGGAUAACGAUUGUCGUGCCCCUGCUCACUUUUGAGGUCCUACUGGUUCACAGAUUGGAUGGUCACAACGCACUCUCUUACAUCUCCAUAUUUGUCCCCCUCUGGCUUUCGUUAAUAACUUUAAUGGCCACAACAUUUAGGCGAAAGGGGGGUAAUCAUUGGUGGUUUGGUAUUCGCAGAGAUUUCUGUCAGUUUCUGCUUGAAAUUUUCCCAUUUCUAAGAGAAUAUGGGAACAUUUCAUAUGAUCUCCAUCAUGAAGAUAGUGAAGAUGCUGAAGAAACAUCAAUUCCAGAAGUUCCAAAAAUUGCUCCAAUGUUUGGAAAGAAGGCUAGGGUAGUUAUAACGCAGAGCCCUGGAAAAUAUGUCCCCCCACCUCCCAAGUUAAAUAUUGAUAUGCCAGACUAAAUCCUCCUCUAGGGAGGGCCCAUCGUGGAAUAGAAACCAUAUGGACACCCAAAUAUCCACCUUGCUUUGGCCCCUUUGUUUAUCCAUCAAACCUGGAACUGAAAAUGGGCUCCAAACACCGUCAUCUCAUGCCUUGUUCGUGAUUGAUGCCUAUCAGUGACUCAUUAGUACGCACCAUAGAUAGAGGUUAUUUUAAUAUAUGGUUGUGUGCAGUGUGUACAUGUGUGGGAGAAACUGCUUCCCAGGUCGGUGCUCUUAAGAGCUAGCUGGGGACAGUAAGCUGAAUUGUUUUAGUAGGUAGGUCCUCAAAAGGAGUAACUACACAGCUGGGUUUUUUUAAGUGCUCCUAUAUCUAUGAAAAGUAUUGUUUAAAGAAGUAUUUUUAUACAGUGCUAGUCUAAAAAUGUAUUUCAGAUUGUGCCUGUUGUAAUAUAGCAAGUGUAAAAAAUCCCUUUUCGCACCACUUGUUUAUAAACCUCAUAGUUGUUACUUUCAGUGUUCCUACUGUUAGAAUAGUUUUUCUUGGGCUUUGCUGAUACUUGCUCUUUAAUAGUCUAAUAGGUGAAUUUUUCUAAUGGAGUGAACCCAUACAUACAUAGUAUUUAUAUGAAUAUUUUAGCAGCAUAAUAUGCUGUAUUCUGGUUCUCUGCAGUACAAUGUAUUAUGUUAAAGUAUUUUUUUAAGUUUAUAUGUGAAGAUACAUGUCUAUUGCAGAUGUCCUUAAAGACUGCAUAAAACAUUAAUAUGUACCUAAUGUGGGAUCUUAUCAAAGUACUAGGCAUGACUGUAGAAAUUGAAAAUCCCAUGGAUCUUAAUAUACAGGUGUUAAAUGACGGAUGUCUGCACAGUUUUAAGAUCUGUCUUAGUGCCCAUUAGUAAAGAGAGGAGCCAUCACUCUUUGGGAGCGAGUGGCAUGCUCUGGUGUGAUACCAGGCCAUAUAGUGACACUGUUAUAGCACCUUGGAUUUUUCCCCACUGGUAGUAACAUCUCAUUAGAUACAACCAAUAUAAGCAACAAGUGGUUUGUCCAUUUCUAAAAAUCUGAGAAUAUUAGUUGGUCAUAAUAUAAAGCAUUCCUUGUCAAUGGAAGGCUGGAGAGAGUGGCCUUAACCAAAAAUAGCCAGCAGGAUCAGGUGUUAUUUUAAGGUCCAAACUUUGAUCUGUCAGCAACAGAUCUGUAAGCAAUUCAGGUUGGUUGGGUAUUUUUGUCUGUUUGUUUGUUUAGGUAAGUACAAUGUUUAUUUAGGUACUGGCAGUACACCAGGCAAUCAGAAGGGCAAAAGCCAGAUCUUGCAAGAGUUAAUGUUCUUCUGACUGAGAAUGAACACUUUCAAAAAAAGUUAAGCUAAAAAGGAGCAUAGAUGUUAUUAUUGGGGAGAAUAUUGGAGGGAUCCAGUUUUAUUAGCAACUUAUUUAAAAUGAUCUAAAUUGGGUUCCAUGUGAAUUAAAUAAAUAACUCUACCCUUUGCCCUGGCCACAAGGCAAACCUGUUUGGUUUGGAGAAAAAGGUAAACCUAGAUUCACUAUUUUUGCCCUAUGUAGAACAUGUUCUAAUGACAUACUCAGUGCACAUGCUAGCAACAAAUGCUAGCAUCAAAAGCCAGCCCUGGGAACCUGAGUGCCUGAAGGCCUGAGGGUGACCAUUGCUCAGCUUAGUUUAGUUGGCUGGGACAGAGCUGAGGUCUCUCUCUUUCACACACACUGUGGGUUUACACCAGCCAGCACUGUGGGAAGCAGCCCUGAGCAUUAGUGGAUGUAAUAUUUCAUAAAUAAGGAUUCAUUCAUUCAUUUCCUCAACAAAUAUUUAUUGAGGACCUACCCUGAGCCAGGCAUGGUGCUAGGCAUUGGGGAUACAGUGGGGAGAAAUUCAAAUGUGGCCCCUGCCUACGCAGAGUACACAGUGAGAAGCAUGUGUUGCACCUCCUUGUGACAGAGAGAGACAGUGCUUGUCACAACAGCGCACUGUGGGAGGGAAUGAGCCAAGAGUGGUUGUGCAAAAAGCAUGAGAGGGUGCUGCUGGCCUCAGAAUGACCUUCCCCUAAAAUUUCAGUCCUAUCUGUGUUCUCAGGAGCCCAGUGCUCCCCAGUACCCCCUCCACUCCCUGAGACUAUCCAGAAGGCAUCACGUACACGUCAGUAAGAAAGUAGAGGAGCAGGCGCUGCUGGAGGAAUUGGGAGGCAGGUUUAGGAUCACUAGCCCCUCCUGUUUACAGUUUCAGGCUAGGGGCUUGGUGGCUCCUGGGGCACUCUGCCUAACUGUGAUGGGUCCUUCACACCCACCUAGCCCACCUUACCUGUUCUACCCCAAGGUGUGUGUCUGGUGUUGAAAGGCCAAUAUCUAGAAUAUAACAACCUUUCUCACUCAGUAGGCCAUCUCGUCAGGCCUCUCUCCUGCAUCAACCACUAGGCAAAAACAGCACAAGUGACAGGCUGUAGAAAGUUGUUUGUAAAGUUGAUACAACCUCACCUGUGCCUGGGGAUUCACCUAAUUGCCAUGCAACACUGUCCACAAUGUUUAGCAUGUAUCAAGUUUUGUAACUAGUUUCUCCUAUAAAAUGGUCAGUCAGC